CGUCGUCUCGUCGCAGAGGAGCAGACGAUGGGAGGGGUCGGCGACAUGAGGCGAAGAAACUAGCGUUGCGGAGGGGCUGACACCGAAUUCUAGAUUCUGAACCGGCUGAUCUCUUUUUCACCGGAGGGGUUUCCGGUGGAGUUCGAUCUGAAUCUGCGUGGUUCGAUCUCUGCGGAGGCUCCGGAUCAUGGUCAUUCUCCCUCGUCCUGGGGAUGCUUGUGGCGAUUCGGGGCCGUAAUUCGACUUGAGGGAUUGAGCUCGUGAGAGUGGUCUUCCAAGAGAUGGAAUCUGGUGAUGGAAUUGAACUGGAGCCCGAAAAAGGAACUCUUGAGACAGAUCCAAAGGCCAAUGGAUUUAUGUCGAAUAUCAACACGGAUGAUGAAGUUAGCGACAGCGGUGAUGCUGUCAAAGCCGAUGGUGACAGCUCUGUAGAUGAACCUAAAGUUACAGAAGUUGAUUAUCCUGGAGAGGGUAAUGAAGGAUCUGAAUCUGCUACAGCGAUCAAAGAUUUCAGUCUCCCGGAGAAAUCAGGAUCUGAUAGAGGUGAUCAAUUAAAGAAAGCACAGAAGGAACAAGGUGGUCAGAAUGGUCAUUCAAAAGAAUUCCAGAAGAAAAAACAUGUUCUUUCACAGAGUGUUUCGUUUCCUUCGAAAGGUCAUCUUGGCAGUAGUUUGAGGAAGGGCGCCACAGUUAUGAGGCAGCCUAAAGAUUCAUCAUCAAUUACAAACGGUGUUCUUCCUGGUAAGAAAACUUCCUCGGCUGCUGCACAUGGCUCUCGGAGAUCACUUCCCAAGAAGACUGGCUCGUUGGAUGCAACUGUCAAUGGUACCGAAACUGGAGAUGGUUCCACUCCUUGUGGAAGAAAGGGUGCUAUUUCUUGUUUCAGUUUCAGGUUGGAUGAGCGUGCUGAGAAACGAAAGGAGUUUUUCACGAAACUUGAAGAGAAAAAUCAUGCAAAGGAAAUGGAAAAGACUAACCUGCAGGCAAGAUCAAAGGAGAAUCAAGAGGCUGAGAUCAGACGGCUAAGGAAGAGCUUGACAUUUAAGGCAACACCAAUGCCAAAUUUUUAUCAGGAACCUGGUCCUCCGAAAGUUGAACUAAAGAAGAUCCCACCAACGCGAGCUAGGUCGCCAAAGCUUGGUCGUCACAAGGCAUCUGUUGCUGCAUCAGACAUUCCUUCAGAAGCUAGCAUGUCAUGUGGGAGCCCAUGCUUGACUCCCUCCUCAACCAAGCUGAAUGAAGCUGCUGCAACCAAUAGAGGGAACUCGACUUCAAAUAUUCCCACUCAAAAAUCACUUCCAAAACUUCCAUCUCAGAAACCAAAAGUUGUGGCAACUGAAUUGAAAUCAGUUGCCACAAAGACAAAAUUUUCAAAUUCAAAGAUCAAAGUCAAGAAAGCUGAAGUAGAAGGUAGUUCUAACAAUCCAAUCAAAUCCUCUCCUGAAACUAGUGCAGUAAUGGAACUAGUUCUUGAGAACAGAGUUGAGGAAGAUGACCCCAUUCUUAAUUCUUCGGGUACUGGAAUUUCUUCUCUGGAAGUGUCAGUGCAAGGUUGAGGGCUGGGCCUCCUAUCCUAUGUAUUAUUAGCUUUGUGCCCAUUAGCAAGUAGCGGCACAUCUGCAGCUUGAACCAUAUGAUGUCUUUUCAUGUUGUGCAUUGCCUGUUCUCCAAGCGGAUAUUGGUUUAGUGGACUUUGUUUGGUUAUGUAUAUCAUUCAUUGUUUUUCCUGUUUGAUUCAUGUAUAUACUUGGAGCACUUCUUCAGAACGAAUUGGGAAGACUAGAUAAUUCUUGUAAGGUCUAUAUGCCAUGACUUUGGACUUCUCAUGUGAAUGAUCUAGUUGUUAACUUAUGAAACAGAGUACUUAUUGACCUGUUUCCCUUUUUCU